AUGGCCACCUGCCACAUGGCGGGUGUGGGUUUGCAUAUUGAGAAUACGCCGGAGAGGAGGGAAGUGGGCUGCUGGAGAGCCAAACUGGGAGCUGAGGGGGCCGGUGGCGGACCGGGAGCCGAGAGGGCCGGCGGGAGUUUACACGGCGGCGGCGCUGCAACACGAGGUACGAGAAGACUAGUGCAGGCACCGAAUGAUGGGGACUGUAUGGGUGUUGGCGUCAGACGAGAAGCGGCAUGGGUGGCGUCGAUGGAAGGUACAAGGCGUGACAGAGGCCGGAGAGUAUGGGCAGCGCAACCUACAAACAACACAGAAAGACUUGCAAUUACUCCCACAGCUGCGAAUGGAGGCAGAACUUGGAGGAACAAUAUCCAGUCUCUAGAUUUCCUGACACCGUCAAUUUACAAAGAUGCACUCCUCAGACCGAUCCUUCUAAGCAGCAGCAUCUCAUAUAAUGAUAUAAAUCUGCAGUUUGGAUGUGGAUUCUUCUGCUAUGGUAUUCCUUGUGACACAGGCUACCUGUUUGCAACUUUCUUUGUUGGCUAUGCCACUGAUGGUAGGGUGUUGGAUAUGCAAAUGGUGUGGAGUGCAAACAGAGACCAGAUGGUGCAAGAAAACGCAGCCCUAACACUCACCUCCACAGGAGAACUUGUAUUAAGGAACUUAGAUGGCACUGUUGUGUGGUCUACAAAUACAUCCACCCAUGCUUUUCAAAGGAUGGUGAUGCAGGAAUCUGGGAAUCUUGUUCUCUAUAACAACUCUGGUACAAUCCUCUGGCAGUCUUUUGAUUAUAUAACUGAUACCCUGCUGCGGGCGCAGAAGUUAAAGGUGGGACAGAAGAUUACUGCAAACAUUUCUCCAAAGAAUACAAGCCAAGGUCGUUUCUAUUCUAUCUUGCUUCACGAUGGCUUUGUUAUGUUCACGGCCUCUCCACCGGCUAAAAUGUACUAUAGAUAUCCCCAGACACCUGUAAGUGUGGAGUUAUCUUAUUACCAGUUCGACAAUGUCUCCAUCAAUAUUCAUGCUCGAGGAAGACAAUCGCCGUUAGUUAAGUUAUCAGCACCCGCAGGUUGCCUUCACUUUAAAUUGGACUCAGAUGGAUACAUGAAAGUCUUUUCCGUCGAUGAAACAGCAGGAAGAAGUUCCAUUAACUAUCUACCAUGGUUCAUUAAACCAGUGACUCAGUGUAAUUCUCCAGGAACAUGCGGAGAGUACGGUGUUUGCACAAACGGUCAGCGCAGCUGUCCAGGAGAUGGCAAUGCUUUUAAACUGCUUGAUGUCACACAAUCCAAUUCCGGAUGUGGUCCGCGCGUUCCUCUGGUGUGCUCACAGACUAUUAGGCGUCAAGGUCACCAGUUUUUGGAACUGGAGCACGUUGCAUAUUUUACUUAUGUUUAUGAAAAUGCUUCGACGCCGGGGCUGGUGUCACGAGAUGAAUGUAAAACACUAUGCCUUGUGAACUGCUCUUGCAAAGCUGCUUUUUUCAGGUACGGGACCAAUUUUUCUAGUGGUUAUUGCUAUCUAGAGUCGAAUAUCUAUUCUAUGACAACUAUGAGUCCAGUCGAUAUGUAUUACAAUUCCACUGCAUAUAUUAGAAUCCAAUCAAGGUCCAAGGGCUUUAAGUCCUUAGCUGUCGUCAUCAUUUGUGCUUUAGUGGGUGGAGCACUAGUUCUGUUUAUCAUUUUGUGGGCAUGUAUAAAAAUGUCUCGAAAAAGAAGACAGCACAAAGUAGAGGACGAGGAUGAAUGUGAGGAUGAUCAUGUCGAUUGGGUGGCAGGCUUACCGUUGCGGUUCUCAUUCCAAGAAUUGCAAGACGCUACAAACGGGUUUACCAUUAAGCUGGGCAGCGGAGGGUUUGGUUCAGUUUAUGAGGGUGUUCUGUCUGACGGCUCAAAGAUAGCAGUGAAGCGCCUCGACAAAGCAGGACAUGGACAAAAGGGAUUCCGGGCAGAAGUCGAAACGCUAGGGAAAAUAGGCUUCUUUGGAAACGUUUAUAUGGUUACAGUCUGCCUGUAA